UCUCUCUUUCGAGGGGCGUUCCUCCGCCUUGGCUGUCUGAGUGCGCAUGCGUGGUUGUAACGGCCUCAGCCGAAGUGUCAGGAGCUCGGGCUCGGUGUCGGAGCCUCAGGAGGGAAACGGAAGAUGGACGAGCUUCAGUCUGCGGAGGAGACUGCGUUUAUUGUGGAUGAAGUAAGCAACAUCAUAAAAGAGGCCAUUGAAGGUACAAUAGGUGGAAAUGCAUAUAUGCACAGCAAAGUGAACCAAUGGACUACAAGUGUGGUAGAGCAAAUUCUAAGCCAGCUAACAAAGCUCGGGAAACCAUUCAAAUACGUUGUAACUUGUGUGAUUAUGCAAAAGAAUGGUGCUGGACUUCAUACAGCAAGCUCUUGCUUCUGGGAUAGCUCUGCUGAUGGAACCUGUACUGUGAGAUGGGAGAACAAGACUAUGUACUGUAUCGUCAGUGCCUUUGGACUUGCAAUAUGAUUGCCUUGGAAUUCAUCAGCAGUUGUGUCAUCACCUCCAUUUCAUACAUCCACUAAAACUGUGAACAGAUCUUGUUUUUUAAAAUAAUUUCUUUCUUCCAGUGAGCAAACGAGAGAGCAAUUUUUGUGCUGUUACAUAAACACACAAUUUUUUCCAUAUCUAAACCACUCUCUGUCUUAACACUUUAAAGGACUCUUUCUCAAGGUGCUAAAACCUGAAACUUGCUGCACUUCUUCAGCUUUACUUCAACUGAUUUGAGUAAGACUAAUUUUCACAAUGUAGCUUUCUUUAUUAAAUUAUUGAAGUUC